ACUUCACUAAUUAAGCUCUAAUAAGAAGCCCUGGCUGCUUAAACCAGCAGCAGCUACCUUAGACAUCUAUUUUGGAGCAAUAGAUCCGCCAUACAUAUAUUAAUUAUCUACUCGAUCUCUCCAUUAGUCUCCAGCUAUACGCAUCUUCCCUAGCUUGCUAAGCUAGCUAGUCUUCUCCUUCCUUUCUCCUCUUCCUCCUCCUCCUCUUCUUCUCAAUCUUGCUCAGCAAAUCUUGUCGGGGAGAGAGAGAGAGAGAUCAGCAAGGAGAAGAGGGAAUUAAGCUAGAUCGAGGUAGUCGUCGAUCGAUCGAUUGAAGAUGGGGAGAGGGAAGAUUGCCAUCAAGAGGAUCGACAACACGAUGAACCGGCAGGUGACCUUCUCGAAGCGGCGCGGCGGGCUGAUGAAGAAGGCCCGGGAGCUGGCCAUCCUCUGCGACGCCGACGUCGGCCUCAUUGUCUUCUCCUGCACCGGCCGCCUCUACGACUUCUCCAGCUCAAGCAUGAAAUCAAUAAUAGAGCGGUACCAGGAGGCAGGAGAGGAGCAUUGUCGGUUGCUGAACCCAAUGUCAGAGGCUAAGUUUUGGCAGCGGGAGGUUACAACUUUGAGGCAGCAAGUGCAAAACUUACACCACAACAACAGGCAACUUUUGGGAGAGGAAAUCUCCAACUUCACAGUUAGAGAUCUGCAGCUUCUCCAGAACCAAGUUGAGAUGAGCCUACAUUCCAUAAGAAAUAAAAAGGAUCAACUUUUGGCAGAGGAGAUUCUAAAACUCAAUGAAAAGGGGUCUCUUGUUCAAAAGGAGAACAGUGAACUUCGCAAGAAGUUCAACAUUGCUCAUCAACGCAACAUAGAAUUACACAAGAAGCUUAACUCUGGAGAAAGCACGUCAAGUGAGCAAGUUACCAGAAGCUCAAAGGAUCCCGGAGAAUCGAGUACACCCCGUGAUUCACGUGUGUGUAUUGACCUUGAAUUGAGUCAAAAAGAAGUUGAAGAUGAAUAACACAUGAUCAAGUGUUAAAAACAACAUGAUGGCCAGUAACUUUUGCAGCAUCACGCCUACUACAAGCGCAAGAAAAGCUAGCUACUACUGGAACAAGGGAUCUUAAUCAUGUUUUGAAACUUAAUUAGUAAUAUUUUAAAAAAUCGUACUAUACUAAUCAUGAUGUGUAGCGUAUUGCACCACUGAAUUUAUUACUGUAAUUAACAUGGUGAGUGUUAAAAUAUUUUGUGAUAUCCAUAUUAUAUUGCAACUCUUACGUGUCAUAUAUGUCAUGUUAUAUUUAAA